AUGAAUGAAAGAAAAGGGACAGCGAGCAUGCCGAUUUCACUAGAUCUUAUGGAUAGCAAGAGAGGAAACGAAGAAGAAGGUGUGCCCGAAUUAUUGAAUCUACCUAGAGAAUCUUCUGCAGUAGAAGCCAAAUCUCUAAGAGAUGAAAUAAGAAGAGUUCAGCAAACUCUCGAGCACAAAAUGAAGGAGAAAGUUGAUAAGAGAGAUCUUGAGGAGAUCAAAGGUAUUAUUCGAUAGUUUUUAGCUUUAUUCUAUUUUCUAGCUAAUAUGUUGAAAUUCAUUGAUGAGGAACUUUAACAAAAGACAAAAAGAUUCGUUGACAAGUAAGAUCUAAAGAUGUACAAAACUUAUCUUGAGAAACAACUUGAAAAUUUGUUUACUCUGAUUUAAACAAGAAUUCCCACAGUUCCUGAAGGAGAUAGUGCUAUGCUUUCAAAGAAACCUUUGGGAGGCUGGUCUUGUGCAAGUUGUGAGAAGAACUUAACUAAUAUCAUGAGUUAAUCUUAAGAUCAUUAAUCUUGGAACAGACUGCCUAUGAGAGAGCCAAACAUUAAAUUGGCUAAAGCUGGUUAGGGCUUCUCUAAGAUUCUUUCAAAGAUGAAACCUGGGGAAUUGAAUAUUGGUUCUAGCAGAAUAGGAGAGGAUGAUAGUCAGCUUAUCACUCAAUCUUUAAAUAUCAGUCCUAAUACCAGAGAUAUAAAUGGUAAUAUUGGUAAUAUGAUGUAAAAGUACAACUCAAAUGUAGUUUAGUACCAAAGUGCUUCAAGAAUAGCCACAACUUCUAUGUUUGCCAAUUUCCAAUAGCAAUAGCAAUAGCAAUAAUAGGAGAUUGAGAUAAUUGAUGGUGAAAUUUAGGGUCAAGCUACUAUGAUCCACAACAGAUCAGUGAGCUAAUUGCCAAAAAUUAACCAGAAGAUGUCAAAACAAAGAAAGUAAUGA